AUGGCUACUCAUCAACGUAAACCAUCCAAGUCACCAGAAGAGCUUAACGUUAUGUUUCAGCAAAAUCAUGUUUUAUCACAUUCCAAUAAACACAAUAUCAAUACUUUAUUAAAAAAUGAACAAGAUUCAACUAAUGAAGCUACAAGCAAUGACUCUACAUUUGAUAGUGACUUUGAUUCAAAUAUUAGUAUGAUAGGGGUUGAUCAAAUUGAGAAUGAUCCUAAAACUCCGUUAAGAAGAGCACAAUUUAGACAACAACAAGCUUUAACAGGUGGUAAAAAUGAAUUCUCACCAGCUUCAAAUUUACAAUCAUUGAAUUCAUCAUCGAUAGGGAAUUCUCCAUCUUUCCAGCAAUCAAGUAAAGGUCAACCAAGCUUACUGAAGAAACUGUAUAAAAAUCCUACAAAGGAUAAUUUGCCAUUUAUAGAUCCAACUAAAUCUUCAACUCCAAAUACUAAUGGGAUUUCAACUUCAUCUUCAUCAUCAUCAUCAUUGGAACUGGCAUCUUCCCCUUCAAAACCAUUACAUCAACAAUUUCCAAAACAACCAGCUUCGAUACUGAAAAAGAAACAACCAAAUUUAAAUAUUGAAUCCACGAAAUCUGUGAAUCUUGAACAAGAAUUAUUAAAUGAAUUAGAUGAGCAAAAGGAAACAAGGGAAAUAAACCCAACUAAAUUAGCUUCAAAAGUUCUUAUAUCACCUAAAAAAAAUGAUAUUAUUCAUUCUUAUGCUUAUUCAGCUUCUAAUUCACCUUCAGCUAAAAAUAUCAAACAUGCAAGUCCAUUAUCUGAUACAUUAAAUGGGAAUACCAAAUCAAAUUUUAAAAGUCCAUAUUUACGUUCUUCAGGCUCUAACUCAACUAAAAGAAAAACAAGUUUAAAUAAAGAACAGGAUAAUGAAUGGCUUGAUGAUAAAGAUCUCGAAGAAGAACAAAAUGAAGAAGUAGAUAAUACAAAGGAAAAGAAGAAAAGAUCUAGAAAAUCUAAAAAGAAAACUUGGAUUUCUUUACUUACAAGUUUCAAAUUUAAAUCAUUAAUUGAUCCAGAAUUACCAUAUAUCCUUUCAUUAUAUCUACAAUUAAUUUUCAAUGUCUUGAUAGUAUCAAUUUUAUUAUAUUUUAUUUAUUCAUUUAUCUCAACAGUUAAAGCAGAUGUGGAAAAUAAAGUUGAUUCUUAUGCAUCAGAUAUAAUUCAAGAAAUUGCCCUUUGCUCAAGAGAAUACUUGAGAAAUAAUUGUCAACCAGGUCAAAGAGUUGUUGCUUUAGAAGCUGCAUGUUCACAAUGGGAAAAAUGUAUGAAUCAAGAUCCAACAACAGUUGGACGUGCCAAAAUUGGAGCUGAAACUUUUGCAGAAAUUAUAAAUGGAUUCAUAAAACCAAUUAGCUGGAAAUCAAUGAUUUUUUUAUUUUUAAUUACCGUGGGAUCUUUAGUUUUAACAAAUGCAGCUUUUGGUACUUAUAGAAAUUAUACACAAUAUGAAAAUCCUUAUCCAAAUUAUCAAAACCAAAAUCAAAAUCAAAAUCAACAACAACAGCAACAAUCUGUUAAUCAACAAUCCUACCAAACACCAUUUCAAACACCUUAUAGACAAUUACAAUAUGAUGGUUCAUCAACUAGAUUUUAUACCCCAAAACCAAUGAGCCCUUCAUUAAUGUUAACAAGACAAAGAAGUCGUAAUUCUAGAAAAUCAUCAAGAAGAUGA